AUGGAAGAAGAUAAUAAAACAAUUGUGACUGAAUUCAUCCUUCUGGGAUUUCAGAGCACUCCCUCCCUAGAAAUUCUGCUCUUCGUUGCCUUCAUCUUUGUAUAUGUACUAACAAUCACAGGUAAUGCCUUAAUAAUUGUAUUAGUACUGACCAAUCACCACCUUCAAUCACCCAUGUAUUUUUUCUUGAGUAACCUCUCAUUCCUGGAGCUCAUGAUCACUUCCACUGUCAUGCCUAAGAUGCUAGUAAAUUUUAUCACAGGGAAGAAGACCAUUUCCUUUGUGGGCUGCCUUACACAGUCAUUCUUUUAUUUCCUCAUGGGCUCCACUGAAUUCUUCAUCCUGGCUGCUAUGUCCUUUGACCGUUAUCUGGCAAUAUGUUACCCAUUACGUUAUGCAUCCAUCAUGAACAGCAGGGUCUGUUUCCAGCUCCUCUUGGGGUCAUGGACUGGUGGCUUUUUGAUCAUUCUAGUUCCCAGCAUCGUGACAGCUGGCCUGCCAUUCUGUGGCCCAAACAUUGUCGAUCACUUCUUCUGUGACAGUGCCCCUUUGCUCAAACUUGUCUGUGCUGACACAUCACUGGCUGAACUGGUUGACUUUGGGACCUCUUGCAUACUGCUCUUGGGCUCACUUCUUAUAACAGUUGUGUCCUAUAUUUAUAUUAUUAUUGCUGUCUUGAGGAUACCAUCAGCAAAAGGGCGAAAGAAGGCCUUCUCAACAUGUGUAUCUCAUAUGACUGUGGUUACAAUGUAUUAUGGAAGUUCUAUCUUCAUCUAUGUCCGUCCUACCAAAGGGAAUGUUCUGGAUUUCAAUAAAGUAGGCACUGUGUUGAAUACAAUGAUGACUCCUAUGCUAAAUCCUUUCAUAUAUAGUCUCAGAAAUGAGAGAGUAAAGGAUUCCUUGAGAACUAUCCUCAAGAAGGCCAUUUGUGUGUAA